AUGUCUCACAGCCCACACGAUACUAGCUCCAAUGGAAGUGAUGAUCUCAGUACUAUCGAGACGGCGCCCGAGCGGCGACUAUCGGAAAUUGGGUCCAUGCGCUCAGGGACCAUCAAUCGCCGCCAAAGCAUCCUAAACGAAAUCGAGCUAGAGCGAAUCAACACUUAUCGACUCCAACAUCGGUCAACCGUUGGCUCCGGCAUAGGGAUAACACCGCCCGACCAGUGGCUCCCCCUCGGAGCUGGGAAGCCUCAUCCCCCAGCUCUCCCAGACCCGGAACAAUAUAUCGUUGAAUUCAACGAUGCGAACGAUCCUCUGCACCCCCAGAACUGGUCCCUGAAACGCAAGAUCGGUAUAUCGGGGACUCUAGCAUAUACAACCUUCGUUUCGUCUUUCGCCAGCGCCAUCUACUCCUCUGCAGUCGGACACAUCAGUGCUCACUUUCACAUCAGCACGGAAGUCGCCAUCCUGGGUGUGACCCUGUAUGUUCUGGGAUUUGCUUCGGGUCCGACGGUAUGGGCACCGGCAAGUGAGCUCAUUGGGAGAAGAUGGCCAAUCUGCAUUGGCAUGUUCGGGUACUCCAUUUUUGCCAUUGCAACAGCGACCAGCAAGGACGUCCAGACCUUGAUGUUGACGAGAUUCUUCGCUGGCUUUUUCUCGGCCGCCCCGAUCGCUAUUGUUCCGGCCGUGUUUGCCGAUAUUUGGAAUAAUCAGACGCGGGGCGUAGCUAUCGCUAUGUUCGCCAUGGCCGUAUUCGUCGGGCCUUUCGCGUCGCCGUUCACUGGUGGCUUCAUCACAAUGUCGUAUCUGGGAUGGAGGUGGACCAUGUAUAUCGCGUCCAUCAUGGGAUGGUUGGCCACUGGACUUUGCCUUCUUUUCUUGAAAGAGACAUAUGCACCCGCCGUUCUUGUGGAAAAAGCGGCCAUCAUGCGACGACAGACUCGCAAUUGGGGAAUCCGCGCCAGACAAGAAGAGAUCGAGCUUGAUUGGGGCGAUCUGAUCACCAAUAAUUUCAGUCGGCCAUUCCGUAUGCUUUUCACCGAGCCAAUUGUUUUCCUGAUAUCGCUCUGGAUGAGUUUUGUAUAUGGCUUGAUGUACGCACUUCUCAGUGCCUACCCCGUUGUAUUCCAAGGAAUCCACGGGAUGAACCUCGGUGUGGGAAGUUUGCCAUUCAUUGGACUGAUUAUUGGCGAGUUUCUGGCUGGCGCCUAUAUUGUUUGGGAUCAGCGAGCAUAUUCUAAAAAGCUAGCCGCUAACAAUAACCUUCCGAUUCCGGAAUGGAGACUUCCUCCCGCCAUCCUUGGAGGUGUUUGUUUCUGUGUUGGACUCUUCUGGUACGGCUGGACCGGAUGGACAAAGUCAAUCCACUGGAUGGCCCCUACUGCCAGUGGAGUCAUCACUGGAUUCGGCAUCUAUGUCAUCUUCCUGCAAUGCUUCAAUUACUUGAUUGACUCAUAUUUGACAUUUGCCGCAUCUGUGUUUGCUGCGAAUACCAUUAUUCGAUCAGCGGUGGGAGCUGCAUUCCCCCUGUUCUCGAAGCAGAUGUUUCAAAACUUGGGUGUGCAAUGGGCUGGUACACUUCUUGGAUGUCUCGCACUUAUCAUGAUCCCAAUUCCCUUGGCGUUCAUCAAAUGGGGACCUGCGUUGCGCAAGAAGUCUAAGUUUGCUCCCAUCUUCGAGUCUGCUCCUGCAGCAAAUUCGAAGAAAGGGGAGGAGGCGGUUUAG